AUGUCUGGGCGAUUUGACAAGAGCGGUUUAUCAACCGCAAAACUCCCCGACAAGACAGAAAAUGACUUCAUAGUUAUUGGCAUCGACUUCGGGACAACGUUCUCUGGAGUGAGCUGGGCGUUUUCGGGCCAGCCAAACAACAUUGAGGUCAUAACCCGGUGGGCAUCAGACAUGAACUUCAAUUCUGACACGGAAAAAACACCUUCCACUCUUCUCUACCGCGGAAUCCAAAAUGAAGCGUUCUGGGGCUACAAAAUACCAGCUGCCAACAAUGAGGACGCCUUGAAAUGGUUCAAACUUCUCUUGAUAGAUAACAAGGAUAUCUCAGCAGAGUUGCACAAUUCACCUCAGAUUGCCACCGCAAAGACUCUUUUGGCCGAAGCUAACAAAGACACAGUUAAUGUCGUGAGCAGCUAUAUUCGGCUGCUGUGGAACCACUCUAUCGAGUGCAUUACCCAGUCAGCUGGGAAAGCGCUCAUGAGACUGUGUAGAUUUCAUGUCGUUGUCACUCUUCCAGCAAUGUGGCCGGACUACUCCAAGGCUCGCAUGCGAUACGCAGUAGAGAACGCCGGCAUCCUCCAUAGGCGUCCAGCCGGUAACACUGUGUUGUCUUUCAUCUCUGAACCCGAAGCUGCUGCUUUAGCCACCAUGGUUGACCUUCGUCAUCGCCCUGACGUCAAGGACGGAGAUCACUUUGUCGUCUGUGACGCUGGAGGUGGUACGGUUGACCUAAUAUCUUAUCAGAUAACUUCUACGAGUCCUCUGAUUGUACGAGAAGCCGUAAGAGGGAACGGUAGACUCUGUGGAGCUGUCUUUCUUGACCAAGCGUUCAUUGAACUUAUGAGGGGCAAGAUCGGCCCACAUAUCUGGGAUGCAUUACCCAAGGAUGAGGUCCAGAGAUUCAUAAAUGGAGAUUGGGAGCACGGAAUCAAGAAGCAAUUCAAUGGCCAAAAGAGAGAAUGGAUCGUCACGCUUCCUCCAGGAUGUGUUCAUGCAAGCGGUACUAUGAACAAAAAAACCUUGAUACUCAGCUAUGCCGACCUGGAUCCAAUGUUUCGGAAAAUCACCGGAAAAGUCACAGAGCUAGUCAAAGAGCAGAUUCAACAGGUCAAGUUGAGAUAUGGCAAACUACCAAAGUACAUCAUCCUUGUGGGAGGCUUUGGUCGCUCUGCAUAUCUUUACAACCAUCUUGUCCAAGAAGUUUCCAAUGAUGGCACUGACGUUCUACAGGCACAGGGUUCUCGACCCUGGAGUGCAAUAUGUCGGGGUGCGGUCAUUCAAGGUCUCACUCGGCAAAAACUGUUCACAGAUCUCUCUGUGACUGUAAAGUCAAGGAUCGCAAGAAUCAACUAUGGGAUUGUCUUUUGGCAGCAUUACAAUCCGGACGUCCACCUUCUCACUGACAGAGUAUGGGAUGAAGUUGAAAUGAUCUGGAAGGCAUACAAUCAAGUACAUUGGUACUUGAAGCAGGGAACUGAUGUUUUUGGCGCCAAAUCUGUUCGCCAUAGCUAUCAGCGCCUAUUUGAAAAGCCUCCCGAACGAAUCGCUGAGGCUAUACACUAUUCAGAGUCAUCUGCUGCUCCCAACCGCAAGGACUCGACAGUCAAGAAACUGUGCACUAUCACCUGGAACAGCAAGAUUGAUUUUGAGGCUUUGCCAACCUUUACCAACCCCAUAGGAAAGAUCUACCACCGCCUUGAAUUCGAAAUUGAGAUGGUGUCCGACGGCUGUAGCCUUGAAUUCACUGUUUAUCACGAUGGCAAACGAGUGGCAGCGAAGAACAUAUGCGCGGACUUUGAGGUGCAUGAAGAUAAUGCCGUGAAGAAGAAUUUGAAUAGUUGCUGCUCGAGUGACUGGAACAGUGAAGGAUACCAGAGUCAAACAGAAUCACUCGACUCGUGGGUGAAAUGA